AUGAAUCGAGUUCUUUCAAAUUUAGGAGGUAAAGAUGUACCAAAAGGCCACUUUGCUGUUUAUGUAGGGGAAGCCAGUAGGAAGAGAUAUGUGAUCCCAUUAUAUUACCUUAACCAUCCUUCAUUUCGGUGCUUGCUACCCCAGGCUGAAAAAGAGUUUGGAUUCAACCACCCUAUGGGUGCUCUGACAAUUCCAUGCACGGAAGAAAUUUUUAUCAAUCUCACCUGCAACUCUAGGUCCCCAUAA